AUAAAAAUAAUAAUAAAAGUCACAUUAAUUACUCACGCGAGAAAAGUGCAAAUGAAAAAUUAAAAAAAAAAUUACAAAAAAAAAUUGAAAUAAUAAAAAAAAAUAAAAGCGAAAAAUUUCUGCGAUGAUGCUCGUGCCGCCAGAAAUGGUGCAACAAAAUACCAAAAUGGUCUAUCAAAUGAACAAAUAUUUCUCGGAGCGCGUUCAAAUCCGCAAAGCCCAAAUCCACAAAACGAUAAUGGAAGUUUGUCGCGUCGUGCAGGACGUCUUGAAGGAAGUCGAAGUGCAAGAACCGCGUUUCAUCUCGUCCCUCAACGACUACAACGGGCGCUUCGAUGGCUUGGAAGUCAUUUCGCCGACGGAAUUCGAAAUCGUAAUUUACUUGAAUCAAAUGGGAGUUCUCAAUUUUGUCGAUGACGGAACUUUGCCCGGAUGUGCAGUGCUCAAACUCAGCGAUGGUCGAAAACGCUCCAUGUCUUUGUGGGUAGAAUUCAUCACGGCAUCCGGAUAUUUGUCUGCUCGUAAAAUUCGAUCGCGAUUCCAAACGCUCGUCGCGCAGGCUUGUGACAAAUGCGCCUAUCGAGAUUCCGUGAAAAUGAUCGCCGACACGACAGAAGUCAAAUUGCGGAUACGAGAGAGGAUUAUUGUGCAAAUAACGCCAGCUUUCAAAUGUGCAGGAUUGUGGCCCAGAUCUGCAUCGCAUUGGCCCUUGCCACAAAUUCCAUGGCCUCAUCCGAAUAUCGUGGCGGAGGUAAAGACUGAGGGCUUUGAUAUGCUGUCGAAGGAGUGUAUCGCGCUGCAAGGCAAAAAUAGUGCAAUGGAAGGGGAUGCAUGGGUGCUGAGUUUCAUUGAAGCUGAAAAUAAAUUGUUGCAAGGAGGUAGCCGAAGGCGAUGCCUCAGUCUGCUCAAGACACUGCGUGACAGACAUUUAGAUCUUCCCGGCAAUCCCGUGACGUCAUAUGUGAUGAAAACCCUGUUACUCUACGAAUGCGAAAAGCAUCCGCGUGAACUCGAAUGGGACGAAUGCUGCAUCGCCGACCGGAUAAACGGCAUUUUCCUCCAACUCAUCUCGUGCUUGCAGUGUCGAAGGUGCCCGCAUUACUUCCUACCCAACAUGGAUCUGUUCAAGGGAAAAUCGCCCGGAGCUUUGGAAAAUGCCUCGAAGCAAGUUUGGCGCCUCACACGAAUUAUGUUGACGAAUUCGCGAUGCCUCGAGGAACUCUAA